CAACGGCUACCGUGGGUUUCGUGUCGCUUGGGCUGGCUCCCGCUCGCGCGUGCUGAGGCCGGGGGGGCGAUGCUCCGGGCGCGGCCUCUGUGCGGCGGGAGGGUGGGCCCCACGGGGCGGCGCCGGUACUGGCGUAGCGUGGGGCUGACCGAGGGCAUCGUCUCGGAGCUGGACACGGACCACCGCUUCGUGCACCGCAGCACCAUCCCCACCAUGCACUUCCAGCCCAGCCUGCCCAGAUUGCCUGUUCCAAGAUUGGAGGAUUCUGUCAGGAGAUACCUGACUGCUCAGAAGCCCCUACUGGAUGACGAACAGUACAGAAAUACAGAAAGAAUUGCCAAGGAGUUUCAAAAAGGAAUAGGCAAGCAGUUACAUCAAGAUCUCGUUGAACUAGAUAAAAAGAAUAAAUAUACGAGUUAUAUAUCAGGUCCUUGGUUUGAUAUGUAUUUAUCUGCCAGAGAACCUGUUGUUUUAAACUUCAACCCUUUUAUUUGUUUAACUCCUGAUCCAAAAGAAGCAUACAACAAACAGCUACUGAGAGCUACAAAUUUGGUAGUAUCAUCCAUAAAAUUUCUCAACUCUCUAAGGAGUAACUGUUUACGGCCAGAUAUAUAUUAUGUCAACCCCAAAUGGAGCAAGAGUAGGCCCUUCAAACACUUCAUCCGCUUUCUUCCAUCUUCUGUGGCUUGGUAUGGAGCACUUCUGGUAAAUGCGUAUCCGCUAGAUAUGUCACAGUACAAGUGUCUCUUCAACAGUUCCAGAAUUCCUAAAUUAAACAAAGAUGAACUGUUUACAAAUGAAUGUGCAAGACAUUUGUUGGUAAUGAGAAAUGGUCACUUUUAUAUUUUUGAUGUUUUGGAUCAUCUUGGUAACAUUCUGCAUCCAUCUGAAAUUAAGGCUUAUUUGCUUUAUAUUUUGCAAGAUGCAGAUCACUUGCCUGAAUCUUCCCUUUGUUAUUUAACCACUGAAGACAGAAAUACUUGGGCAAAAAUAAGACAACAGCUUAUCGAAGCGGGUAAUGAAGAAAACUUAAUGAAAAUUGAUAGUGCAGUCUUUUGCCUAUGUUUAGAUAAUAGUUCCCCAAAGGAUGAUGAUGAGCUUUCACAUUGCAUGCUUCAUGGAAAUGGUUUCAAUCGCUGGUUUGACAAAUCUUUUAGUUUGAUUGUCACGUCUGAUGGCACUGCAGGGAUAAACUUUGAACAUUCUUGGGGAGAUGGAGUCGCAGUCCUUCGUUUUGCUAAUGAAGUACAUAGAAACAGUACAAGGCAUCCAGCUCUUGUACCACAGUCUGCGCUAAGUGCUGUAAAGUGUGAGAGACUGGAGUUUAAAUUGAAUGAUUCAGUAAACUCUGCUAUAAAUACAGCACGUAUGAAAUUUGAUAAAAUAAAGCAGAAAAUGUUUGUGAGACAGUUCAGAUUCCAGAAGUUUGGAAAAGAAUUUAUAGUGAAGCAAAAGCUGAGUCCAGAUGCUGUUUUUCAACUUGCAUGUCAGAUAACUGCUUAUCGACAGUAUGGAAAAAUGGUUUCUUGUUAUGAAGCAUGUAGCACGGCUGCUUUUAAACAUGGUCGUACAGAAACAAUUCGACCCACAUCUGUGCUGUCACAACAGUGUUCUCGUGCGUUUGUUGAAGAACGGAGCAAACAUGCUGUGGCAGAACUGAGAGACUUGAUUGACAAAUGUUCAAAGUACCACAGACGGCUACAGCUAGAAGCUGCAUUAGGCAAAGGAUUUGAUCGCCACUUAUUUGCACUGAAACAUCUUGCAGCAACCAAAGGUGAACAUAUGCCUGAAUUUUUUCUCGACUCAGCCUAUCAGAGAAUAAAUCAUAAUAUCCUUUCAACUAGUACAUUACACAGUCCUGCAGUACAUCUUGGUGGAUUUGGGCCAGUGGUGCCAGAUGGCUUUGGAAUUGGGUAUCAUGUAUUUGAUACGUGGUUAGGAUGUAACGUAACUAGCUAUUUAGAUAAAGAACAACAAGAAUUUCUGAGCUCCCUUGAGCUUAGUUUAAAUGAUAUUUUAGAUGUGUUGGAGGGAAAUCCUCUUGCGUAACAUCAUAAAUGAUACACAACAUCAGUACUUUUCAACUAAAUUCUGAUCAAUAAAAAUAAUGGUGCAAAAUUUUGAAGAAUCUAAUAAUGAGCACAAAACACUUGGAAAUGUGGCAGAUGAAGAUGGUAAUUAUAAACAAAAAUGUGAGCCAUUUAUAUUCAGUGGACUGACAAGAUGUUCUCCAUUCUUGGCAUGUCUCUUAUUUUGUUGUUUCUGUGUUUUUGUUUUUCAACAUUUAUUAAGGCCUUUAAGAAGUAUUUUUGCAGAUUUUUUUGCUGAUUUCUUCCUGUUCUAGUGAAAUCUAUUAAUUUAUGCUUGUGUGGGUUUUUUUUCAUUCUCCUGUUUAUAUUUUACAGUUGUAUUAUUUUGGCAUAGUACUGUACUAUGUCUUCAUUGUUGUGCAUGUUCAAAUAUGCUUGUUAAAAUAAAAGUUUAACUUAUUCAUUACUGGAAACAUUUUGCUCACCGUGCCUCAGUUAUUAUAGAGGCCAAACAUUUUAUUGAUUUUAAUGCUGACAUGAUGCUUCUGUUACAAAUUCUGUUUUUUAUGGGGUAGUUGAAUAUUUCCUUUUAAAAGUAAAUAAAUGUUUUGGUUAAAUUACUAGGAAACGUUAGUUACACCUAUUAUCAACCCCAAGAGGGUUAAUUCUGCUUGGUUUACUUAUGCAAGUACUUGUGCACCCUGGCCUUCAAGACCUAGAAUUGAACCCAAGGUUCUUGAGUGUCACCAUUCCCCUGUGGUCAGCAAAUAAGUGAAAACCAUUGUUAUAGUAGACAUUUCAUCUCCUCCUAGUGCUGUUCUACAUAGAGGAUAACUACCUACUACCUGUUUAUUUCAUUUGUUCAACUACCACAGGUCUGUGCUGUGGGUCUAAAAGUUUCAAAACUGCUCAUUUACCAUGUGGGUGUUGGUAGAAUUUCAUGCAAUCUGUUUCUUUCAGUUGUUUGUUUUUUUUUCACCUAUGCAAUUAUACAAAAAAGUCUGUUAAGGUUUCAAAAUUAAGUAUUCAAAGAAAUUUAAAAAUGUUGAAAUUAAAGUUGUGUGCGCAAAGUUAA